ACCAAGGCAGCCGGGCACUUUGCUAACGGGGUUGCUUUACUACUACCCUUUCUGCCCUUGCUUCUUAGCCCCCAGCUCCACUGGUUCACACAGGGCUGUGUGGAGUAAACUGCACACCUGCAUACCCACGGAAGUAACCUUUUUGAUGCCCAGAAAGCUGCACUUUCCACAAGAGAAUGGAAGUAGUAAAUACUCCUUGUUCCGAUUUCAAUAAUGCCAAAGAUUCUUUCAAGGAAGUAUCGCCCCUUCUUUUGGACAGCUUGGUGGAGGAGCCUAAGAGAAGAACUGAUGUCCCUAAUUACCUCCUGGAAUCCAAAAUUUAUUCAAAGCUCUUAAGAAAUAAUGUGAUACAGGCUAAGCCUGCUAUAAUGCAUUAUGGAGGGUAUGAAAUUGAAAAACAUCACCAACAAACUCUGAAACUUGUGAAUAUUUCUGGCAGUCUUUUAAACGUUCAUAUUAUUCCGCCCCAGACAAAGUACUUCCAGAUUAAAUACAGCAAAACACACCGGCUUGUGCCUGGCCUGUCCUUUACAAUUACGGUUGACUUCUGUCCUGAUGAAUGGCGGUAUUAUUAUGACUGCAUCCGAAUCCAUUCUGAGGGAGAUGAAACUUUGCUGGUUCCCAUACACGCCUAUCCUGUGAUGAAUACUGUAGAAUUUCCAUCUUAUAUUAGUUUUUCUGAUGUUCCACUGGGACAGUGUAAGGAAUAUGUGAUCCCUUUGCAGUGCAGCUGUCCCAUUGAUUUUGAGUUCCACAUUGAAUAUCUUCAGCCUCACAAAGCCUUUACAAUUCAUCCCUUCUCUGGAAUAAUCCCAGCCAAUGGGAAAGCAGAAGUGGUCAUUGCUUUCAUGCCACUUGAAUAUGGAACCGCCCAGAUCAAAAUCCAGUUGUGGAUUUCACAGUUUAACUCGAAACCUUAUGUAUGUGAAUUCUCAGGAACUUCAACACCAUACCCUAGUUUAAUAAAAGGAGACUUUAAGAAGAAAGAGACAACUGGGCAAAGAACAUCAGUUCCUGCAGAAAAAGUAGCGACAUGCCUAAUGCAGAAGAUGGCACCACCAACACGUAAAUGUCCCCUUCCAAAAUUAAAGACCAUUGAAUAUAAAAACCUACAGUUCCCAACAGAUCUGUCAAAUCCCUGUGCUGUGGCUACUGUUUUAAUUCAGGAGCCAGGCAAACUGAAGAUAAAACAAUUAAGAGAAGUUUUAGAAGGCCAAGGUGAUGGAGGAAUUAAAACAAGGCAGGUGAAAGAAGCUGUCUUUGAGUUGAAAGUCAAGCAGAACAUCCAGGAAGAAGAAAUGAAUCAGCUUAAAUGGCAAGUUCAUUUAGGAAAAGAUCCCAUGCCUUUGACUCUUUGUGACCAGAUUCUGGAAGAUCGGCAGAGAGCUGAAGAGCAGUACCUGAUUAAAAGAGGAGAUCCCAUUUUGGCAUUGGAGUUUGAAAGGAAGAAAGUACAAACUUCGGUCAAGCGUGUCAUCCGAAACGUGGAGGAGUGUCCAAACUUUGAGCCUACAUUUGACCUCCUGCUCAACAACCCUUGGGACCACAGGAAUUGCAAUCUGCGGCGGUUCCAGCAAGCUGCACGAAAGAUUCUGAUUUGCUGUCGCCUGGACCGUCAGCUAAAUGUACUGUAUGAACUAUUUAAACCUAGAGAUCAAGACGAAACAUUCAUACCAGAUAGCCCCUCAGAAAACAACAAAACAGUCAGCACAGACGUAAUAAGUGAGCGCUAUCAGAGAGUGUCAUUUCUGUUAACCGCACAUCGCAUCCUGCCUUUUGAAUUCCCCACUUACAGUGCACCACGGUGGGCUGAUGAGUUAUUACCUGAAGUUCUUGGUACUGUUCCUGUUAAAUCUACCGAAGCUGAGAUUAAACAUCUUCACCACUUCUUUGAACUAAAGGUCCCUCAGCAUUUCAGGCUUAUGGGAUAUCAGCCAUUCUGCAUCCAUCAUGCAGCAACCAGCUACAAAGUUCCAAAGUAUUCUCAAAUUCUGAGGAGAGGUGCAGAGGAGGAGCUGAUCCCAGUACUGCCUGCUUCAGAGGAGAGGCUGCGCCUUGCCUUGUUCCAAUCAAAAGAGGAUGAAUCCUUGGAAAUAGAAACCUCCCUCCUAAACUUUAAAGCUCCUGAAAAUUUGCUUCAUGCUCCACAAAACCACCCACUUCAAAUUUUUAAUCCUUGCCCAGGACUGUGUGAAUUCAAACGGCCACUCCCUUAUCCAGAAAGUAGCAUUGACUAUCACCUUUGCCCUCAUCCAAAAUAUGCACUCACCAAGAAAUACCCAUCGAAGUCCAGUGUUCUGACUACACAAAAGAAAUUUCUCCAUUCCAAGGAAGUCAUUAGUGGUGUAACUAAUUGGAGAAAAUUCCCACCAAUUAUUCAUUCAACCUUGCCCAACGUUCCUGCUCUGAACAGCCCAGUGAUCCCAUUCUGCAUCGAUCCUUAUAAUACCGACAUGCUUCCAAAAGAUGGACCUCCCAUUGUGGAUAACUUGCCAGAGCGAGAUAAGGAAAAUGUCAUGGAUGAAGAUACUGGCAGAGAAGCCACUGUAUUACUUACACCAGAGAUGAUAAAAGCUGAAUUUCCACAGCCUGCUCAACUAACUGAUGAUAAAAAUAAAACACAAAGAGAGGGAAGUGACACAAGUCCAGACUUUAAGACUGCUUCCUACACAUCUCUGAAUAUUUCUGAACCCGCUUCCAGAGAUGUGAGAGAUACACUGGAGCAGUAUUUUCAAGCUCAGAGAAAUUUAUAUGGUCAAAGGAUGGAAGAAAACCUAGAAAAACUGAAAGAAAAAGCUGUUCAGAAACACCUAAUUCUGGACUAAGUACUGUCUCUCUUGCAGCUUUGUGUGGAAAUUGGAUCUGCUUUUCCCCUAUGUAGUUUGUACUCCGGAAAUUUAGUUGUAGAUCAUAAAGGAUCAGCUUUGCCCAUAAAGAUAGGGAUCAGCUUUGCCCAUAAAGAUAGGGAGGGAUGGUGAUUGGGUGAAAAGCCAGAGUGACCAAUACAUAUCACUUAUUGCCUGCCAUCUUGCUAUUUCAUAUGUGAUAGUUCUCCUUGGAAGCUGUCAUGACCUCCCAUGUGUUUUAUAUAUAUGUAUAUAUUUUAUAUAUUUGUCUAAAAAUAAGUUUACUACUUGACCUGAAUGUAAAUACACAUACACACCCGUCCAAUGUAUUUGAUUAUUUUUAUAUCUGUUUAUGUACAGAGAACAUGAUUGCUUUCAAUUAAAAUGUAUAUGAGCUGUUAUA